AUGGUAGCGUUGACAUAUGCUAUCUAUUUUGCUGCAAUAACUGCACUGGAAGAUGGUACCGAGGAGAUCACCCUUCCUCUAGAGAAGAAAGAGAUUCUGAAGCGCUACAGGCUCCCACUAGAGCGCUUUCUCCUUAACACAGAUGUUAUAAAUAGUCCAGAUAUGACUUCAUUGCAGGCUCUGGCCAUUUUUAUUACUUGUUUACGAGUGAAUGAGACUGGUCGAAGCAUAUAG